GCAGUGCAUCUAGGGGCUCGGCGGCGUUCGGUGCUGAAGUGGGGCGGAUGGCAGAAAGACAGCGGCGAUGGACAUUACACCGCAGGAUUCCCGUAAAUGAUGUCGUUAAAUAAACAUCGGAACACUGCGUUUUCACACGUAUCGCCCUAGGACGCUGACAGCCCAACAGAAAGGGGUAAGAUGCUGUUUUUAUCUGUGCUAGUGCUCCACACGGACAGGCUAGCUGGCGUUAGCACGGCGCUAGCUGCUCAGCUGCCACCUCCUCCUCCUCCUCCUCCUCCUUUCUCGCUGAGAGAGAUAGCGGACCUCGGGCUGUCGGCUAAAGCUAGCAUUAGAAAGUGGGUGGUGUUUGGUUUUCUGAGAGAUUUCGGUUGUGACAGGCAGUACCGUGUCGCCUCCCUUUAGUGAAUGUGGUAUCAGCCCGUGGUGACAGCAGGGAGGGGAUCCCCUCUCUCCCUCAAUCUCGCUCUCCCCGGCAUGCUGUGACCUGCAGCGGCUGGGCUCAGAUGUUUCGGACAGCUGCAGAAGAAACCGUGCAAAGAAAAAAAAGCAGCUAGCCAGUAAAGCUAGUGCACAGGGUCCGAUGAGACUGCCCACUUUUUAUCUGGAGAUAUACACAGGCCUUUCGGGCAGAUGCAACAAAACCAGGAGGUGCAACAGCAAACUGCAUCCAUGCACCAAAAAAAAAAAAAACAAUCCAACUUUCCUCCUCCUGGUAUCACUGUGAGACCAUUUUCUCCUGCAUGCUUUGUGCACAGCUGAGGGAGCACCCACACUGCAGCUCCCCACGGGUGUGAGUCAGAGCAGCCCAGGUUAUGUUGCCACUACAUCCUGACACACUUCCUGAUUCAUCUCAUUCAGCUUUUCAGCUCCAUUCAGACAGCUUUUCUAUCAAACAGCAGCUGUCUGAUCUGCAUGUCUGCCUUUGAGGAUAUUUGCUUGUAGGGUGGAGAUGUGUUACUCAGGUGAGAUGUAACCUUAAACACUGAGACUGUACAGCACACGAGACUGAAGAGGAAGAGUUCACGACACUCGCUUCAUUUUCAUUUUCAUACUUUAUUUCAUUAAGUUGAUAUUUAAAACAUUCGAUACAAACAUGGAAGAAUCUCAAACGUGAAUGAAAAGGAGCAGAGAGAAGAAAACUCUUUUAGAGUCUGGGUCCAUGUAUUAUCUGUCCAUUCAGUUAUUCCAUUCAAUCUAGUAAAAUGACAAAUGAAAAAAAACAGUCAAUAGUUUGUUUAUUUAUUUUUCUGUUUAGCCAAAAAAUAAAAAACUUUUUUUUUUUUUUUUUUUUGUCACAUUUUCAGCUCAAAACAGAAUAUAUAAUAGAGAAGGCGAAAAUGAAAUAAAUAAGGUCCUUACCAUAGACUGUGUAUACUAUGGACAAUUUGGUUCCGCCUCCCGCCAUUAUACGGAUUUGAAGCCAAAAAGCUCUCAUUAUUUCCGGGAUUUUUCUGUAUUUCCUGAAACCAGCGCUGCCAAGUAGCAUAGUGCGCAUUCGGCGGGAGAGUCGCUGAGCGCCACUGUGAUGACAAUUGGUUCAAAUAGCGUAUCCCAAGGGUGAGCUAUGCAAUCCCUGAACGCCAACAUGACCCCCCUAAUAACUUUUAAAAACGGAGCUUCACAGAAAAAAGAGGACCUGAGCACAAACCAGUCUUACAAUAACUAAAUGUCAACACCGCAAGCAGGGAGGAGAAAAAUUUGUGUUCUGUGUAAUCAAUUUCUAAAGUUUGUCCACAGCUCCAUAAGCUUUGCUGGAGGAGGCAAGAUUUAUGACCUAUACUGUAGCCCAUCAACAGAGGGUGCUGUUCUCGGAGUGGCUACACCCAGCAAGGAGGCAGACGCUGUCCAUUCUAUAUACAGUCUAUGGUCCUUACACACCGGGAACGACGCAAAUAUCCGACGCAAUGAGCUUUAUACAUUAUCUGCAAAAUACUGACCUCACUCAAAUAAUCUUUCAUGUAGUCGAGUGAUAGGAGGUUGUUUUAUUGAGACUGUGGAUGGCAUUGUGGGUACAGGGCUCAUUACCUGCUAGUUUUUUAAGUGUUAUUUUUGCCAACGCGCGUUUGGUCAUUUUACCAAAAACACAGUUGAUUGAUUCUAUUAAUGGAAAAGUGUACCAUGGUGAAAUCUGGCUAACAGUGAAAUGUGGCAAACUCAUUUACAAGUCAUCAUCCACUUCUAAUGAUUCUCAAAGCUAUGUCUGAAAAACAUGGUUACUGAGUCCUCUGCUUCCUCUGCUUCUGUUUCUCUUUGGACGCCUCUCCAUUGUAUUGUGGGUAGCAGCCAGUGUAAAAAAUCACUGCUGCCUCCAUACUGUGAGAAAUUAAGUUCCUUUAACAUUCCAUAUGCAGGUUUAUUUUUUAGCACAAUACCUGACACGAGAACUGACUAACAUUUUGUUGAGGUUUAAUUGGACUGGGUUUGUUGAGAACUGAACAGUUUGUUUCAAUGAUUUGUGUCAUGAUUAGAUUUGAUAUUUAUUUGGUUUUGUAUUGAUCAAUGUGCUAAAUGUGAUACCUCUUACAUUUUUGCUGCAUUUGGUCUCGUACAUGCUUGGGCAGUGUACUUUGUAAAAACAUGUUUGUCUAGGGCCGGGCGAUAAAACAAUAAAAAUUAAAAAUUAAUUUCCCUCAAUAUCAAUAUGAAAUGGUCAUUAUGCUUUUUGAUAGCCUGCAUUCUGCCAUGUUUUGGUAGACUUAACGAAUAGCCAAUGAGAAGGGGAGUUGCUCUGGGUCCGCACUGUGUUGAACUGACUAUUCAGUCCGCUUUCUCACACAAAGACCUCACAGAUGCAGUAGCUUACUGUAUUGUAAAAUACGUGCUACCAAUAAGCACUGUUGAAUGUCAUUUAAGAUUGACAAGUAAUUUUUUUAUAUCGUGAUAUAUAUUGAUAUCUACUGAUUUGAAAAACUUUUAGUAGUCGCACUAACAUGCAGCUGGGGGUCAAUUCUCUGUCAUGUAUGUGAACUGAAACUGGUCUGUGCAUGCCCCAGUACUUUGAGCUGGAAGUUGAAUAGCAUGGAUGUGACGCUUGGAAUAUGGGUAGUAAACAAAGUAAGGAUGUUCAAAAUACAAAACUUUCUUACCGUACAAACAUAUGAUACAGAGCUGUAAAAGUGAUGCUAAUUCUAUCGUACGCCGAUCUAUUUUGCCAACUGCUUUGAUUCCUAAAGAGUCAGCCAGGAGACGUAAGCUGAAAGAGGACAUGUUGCUUCCUCCUGUAGCAGAGUUAGACUUGCCUCUGUCAAGAACUCAGUUUUUCCAAUGUCUGUAAGCCGGGCAAGUUAAAUCACCGUAGCUUGACUCAAAUAAAUACACUUGGUUGUUUCAGCUGUGAAACAGCACUGUACGGAAAUGUUCAGUCUUGUGGUUGUUGGUCUUGUUUGCUAUUUUCAGUCUAUUUUACAGCCUCCUAAAACUCCUCACUUGAGCUUGAAGUGAUAAUUAAAAUACCUCAAGGCUGCAAGCCAAUGCGUCCAAAACUUUGCUCUUCCUUUUCACUGUGAGAGUGGAUAAAGUUACUCCUUCCAGGAAAGGCAGUUCAACUCUUACCAGUACAAGAGAAAUACCUUAUCUUUUCACACAACUUGGCAAAGUCACUCUUCAUAGAUUUUUAAUAGACAAGAGUCGCUUUAUUUUCUAAUCGAGCAUGUUUCAAGUUUCCACCAGUUUGAGGGAACAGUUUGAUGGAAUAAAGCAUACAUUAUGAAACCUCUGGUGGGUAAUGUAGUUUUUGUGUUGAGCGAAGGGUUUAGCGCGGAGUCGCUGCAUUGAGACAGUGAACUAGAAAGAAAGAAGCCAAAUGUGAAAUCGUAAUAUUGAUUCAAAUUUCGGUUUCUUUUAAGUCUUUUGGCCAAAGAGGAGGAAAAGAGAAAUUCAGUUGUAAUUUCAAACUCAGGAAGCAUAUUACAAAACGAAAAACAAAAAAAAAACAACUAACCAAAUUCUUAUUUUCAGUGUUGAUUAAAUUUACUAUAUACUACUAAAUAUACUACUAUACUGAAUUUUAAAUGGAUUGUUAAAGAAGCCAUAUAGAAACAAUCUGCUGUCUCUUCAGUUCCUCUUUGAUGUCUUUUUCUUGCUAAUUUGAGCCCCAACAGACUAGCAAUAGUACACCAAAUAAAGAGUCUCCAGUGUUGAGGUUAGCAUGUGAACACUUCUAAGCUGCUGUUAUGAGUAAGCAAGCUUGUUGGAACAGACGCUUCUAUAUGAAAACAUGAAGCAUGAGGAGGAGGAGGAGGAGGAGGAGGAAGCUCUGUGGCCUGAAGGCUCAGAGUUUUUCGAGUGGCCUCAGACUGAUUGUAUGUUGUGAUCAGAAUGAAUGUUUUGAUCACUUCCAAUGACGGUUGCAGCUCUAUCAGUCAUUCAGCGUUUUUGGUUUAUUUCACGAUCUGGUUACCUUUUUUUUUUAAACACAUUUCCAAGCUGAACUUCAAUUUUUUUUAGUUAGUAUGUUUGUUGUCAAAUAACAAAUAACAAUUAAAUGAUGCAAAAACUGGCUUUGAAGUUACUUUAAUUUCUGAAGUAGUUUGUUAUUUAAAUGUUAUUUCUAAAUGUUUCCAACAAUGUACAAACUAGGUAUUCUCUGAAGGGACUAAUUUACUUGUCAUUUAAAUGCAAAUUUAAAGUAGCCAAAGGUAAGACAGCAAGCACUUAGAAAACAAUCAAACUUGAGCACAUUUUUUUUCCAUACAGCUAAAUACACAAUCACAGAGUUCACAUAUAAAUUGUGUCAAAUUUGUUUGCCAAGUGUGGCUUAAUUUACCAGCAGUAAACUUUAUGAUAUUAUAAGGUACUCAUGGCGAGGGUUAAAACUGUUCCUGUAAUGAUAAUUCAGGUUACCUGUGUAACUUUAUUUAACUAAAAAGCCUUAAAGUAUUUUAUGUGGAAACUGUUUGAGGAGACAAAACUGAACAAACUAGUUUAGUUAUGUUUCUUGUCACUUUUUGACAAGAAGAAUCUUGUUUGUUGAUCAAACUUUACAGUCUGACAUCAUGUUUUCUCUGUACUGCUGCAUCCAAAAGUAACAAUAAUAAUAAUUGCAAUAAUAAUAGUAACUUAAUUUUUAUAGCACUUUUAAAAACAGAAGUUUAUAAAGUGCUUUAACAAAGUCAACAGGCACAUGGAAAUAAAGACAAAUAAAAACAAAAAGCUCAAUUAAAAUGGAAUUAAGGGCCAUUUUCAUAUGUCAUAUUUAACCCAGACAAUACAAGAACCAUGUAAAUGUCCAUGUGACAAUUGGAUGGGAAAAAAAAUCCACUGCUUCACUGUGCUGUCGUAAAAAUAAGUAAAAGUGAAGACCCAAACUCAAGACCAUCCUACUUUAUAAUAUGUACGUCAGGGAGGAAAAAUGAAACCUCAUAUUGGGACCAGCAUGGUUAUUUUUGUCUUGCUUUUCUUCCAUCACGCAUUUCUUCUGUGUCACUGUCACACAGUUAUCUGUAAGAACCUGUCUGAUGUAAACUCUGCCCCUUCACUCAAACAGACACACUCACCAGCAGCUGGAGUCUGAAAUGAUCCUUCACAGCAGGUUUAGUUCAGUUUGAUUGCAGUGAGUAAGGUCAGCAGGUGUAGGGAAUCCCUUCAACAGGAUAAAUAAAUGUGCAUCAGCCAGUCUAAUGAGUUUAAAGUGUAGGAAUUGUGGCAUAGGCAAAAGAUGUGAUGAAAAUAAUUGCUUAGCACACAACAUUUCUUAUUCAGUUGCUUGAUUUAUCUCAAGAUUUGUGCCGACAUUAGAAACGGCCUUAAUAAGAAGCCUUUUCAGACCCUUCAUUUACUAAACAACAGCGCUGUUAAGAUAAACAAAGAGGGGUCUUUUACUUUGAAAAGCAAAUCAAGAAGGUUAACAGACUUGUCUAUUUUUGUGCCUGAAAAAUAUUUCUUUAAUAUGCUGUAGAUUUGACUCUCUUCUUAUCAUUUUAAUAGUCUAUUCUGUCUGGAAACUUCUCACAGCUGAGGAUUAAAAUGAAGAAAUAGAAUUUAGCACAUGUCCAUUUACAGUUUUCUUCCAUUCUCGCCAAGACAAGUUACUUCUCCUUUAUUUUUCUCUCUGUGUGAGUCAGUGGCAACUUGAACUGUAAAGUAUGUCUUUGAUUGCGUUUCAGAUGCUGUUCCCUCACUGCUCCACGUGCUCUGCAGCCCAUCAAUGACAAAGAUCAGAGGAGGCCUCGGAGGCGACGGCCAGUGAGACGAAAAAAAAAAAAAAAGAACGGUUGAAAUAAGGAAACAAGGACAGGAGGAAGUCCCAUUUUCACCUCAGCUGUCCAGUUUUCCUUUCUGUGCCAGUCGGUCAGGGAUGGUGAGACCAGUAAUCUCUGUUCCCUUCAGUAAAAAGAAGCUCCCAGCAUCCUCAGCAAGCCAAACAGCCAGUCCAUCAGCCAAACAGACAUCCAGACGAUCCACCAGUCAGUCACCACAUCAACCAGCCUGCUAUCAUCCAGCAACCUAUUACCUCAUGCCAUGACUGCUCUGUCUGAUCUGUUUUUAGGAUCUCGCUAAUUCAUGGUAAGUUUGACCUCUGCCUGACUGUGUUAGUAAAAAAUGAUGUUAUGUAAGGUGCACAAUGCUUUAAAACACACAUGGAGAUAAACUUUUAUAGACAGUCUGUGAUUGCAGUUUUUAAGCUUCAUAGUUUCUGCGAACAAACACGACCUAAGCUUGGUUAUCCCAGUCCUGAUUUUCUCCUUUCUGAUCCGAUUCUGUUUACAGUAAGAGUCAGGCGCCCAAAACACCUCUGCAACAAGUGUCGCACAUAUUGAAAUUUGACACCCUGAGAUGAAAAAUGAGCGGAAAUGUGUACAAAAUUAUAAAGAGGAGUUCUUAAUUAUUUGACAUCAUCACUUUACUGUUGGGAGAAUCAACACUCAAUACAUUUCCUUCUAGUAUUUUAACCAGAAAGAGGUUUUCCUCAUCAUCUCCAGUUUAUUAGACUCAGACAUAUUCAGACUUUUUAAAUACUUUUCCUCUUCUUAACUCUUAAAUUUGAUAAAUAUUUCACUCCUAUUAGUCUUUAAAUAAUCUAUACUCUAAAAAAAAGUUUGAAAAUACAUUUCUAAAAAGAGACUACUUUGUUUAAAAACAAAGCAGAAUUUUUGUUUUUACAUUCAUGCAAAUUCAGCUCACCAUCUUGUCCUGAGGCCAUGAAGGUUUUAAUGCUCUAUUGUAGAGGAACUGGAAGUCCAUCCAACAAAACAGAUCUUAAGACAGAUGAUUAAUCCAGCAUGGAACACGAUACAAGACGAUAUCAGAGCAAACUUUUGAUACAAGUGGUGUUUUUUCAGGUUACUUUUUGCCUCACCUGAUCUUAAAGUUAAGGGAAUAUAAACUGAUUCAAAGACUAGUAACCCAACGGCUGAAUCAAACUUGAAACAUUAAAUGAAAAUGGAUUGUUUUUAGAUGAUCUGACUCUCUUUAUUUUGUUGAUUCAAAUAUAAUAAUAAUUCAAAAGUAUCUCUGAAUUCUUUAAUCUAUCAUAGAACCGAUUGCAAAUCAAUCACGUCUUUGCAGAUCUUGUUACCCCCUCUAUUUUUUUGGUCAUUUUUCUCGUUCAUCUUUCUUCCACUUGUCUGGAUAUAUUUGUAUUUCCACUCUAAAUUUGCAUGUCCUGCUGAUGCAAUCUCCCUCUCCUGUUGUAGAACAAAGCCGUGGCCUUACUGUCAUUUGCAUCUCGCAUGCUGUCUGAUUUUCCACUGCCUGGUUCGCCGAAUAACUGAGCCACCACACUGGCCAGAGGGCGACAUUUGCAUAAAUGGCAAGCAGGUUGUCUUUGCCUUACCUGCCAUGUAUAAGUAGUGUAGCAAAUAAUGUGAAUGUGCAGUGAAGAGAAAUAUCCUCUGUUUGUCUCGGUGUGCAGUGAUUGUUUCUUUGUUAAUCUUAAUUAUUUUGGAGAGUAUAUUUUGAACCAUGACGUUGCAGGUAAGGAUCCUGCUUUGAUUUUUAAAUUCACUAAAGACUGCCAUUAAUGAGUGCAUUUGCACAGUUGAAUGAGGGUUUUCCAGGCCUACUUAGCUCAUAAGAAGCCCUUAUAUCUUAUACUUGGACAAAGAUAAGAAAUAGCACACUGAGGUUUCACUAUAUGUUGCUGUUCAGGUGUUUUGGUUCUGAGAGAGUUAUUACUCACUUUAGAGCUGCCAUAAAAGUUGAGGAUUGCUGUCAGAGAACUUGUGAUGUUAAAAUGGCUCUUGACACUCACGCUACCUGCAAGGCCAAAGCUUUGAGCCUUGUCCCCUUCAAGCAUCUCUAAAGGCCAGGAAAAACCCCAGACAGUGACGGACACUGGAGAGUGUGCAUCAAUAGAGCGUGACAUAAAGUAUUUUGUUUGCAAACUUCUGUGACUCGCAAAAGAUGUGAAAAGAUGCUCUACAUGGGAGGAUACAGGUACAGGGAGGAUAACUGAUGAAAAGGAAAUGUAGAGGGUUUCAUACCUCAGAUUUUUUUUCAUUUCAAGGAGCAGCUAAGAGUGAUUUUAUCUUCAUCAAACUCUAACAAAUACUGCAAAUUUUAUACCGGGCCUUUUUAUUUAGGGUGACAGGGUUGUAAAAUGACUAAAACUCUCCUCUAAAGAAUACAAAUAAACCACCUUCACUGAUAUAUGGGUCUUUUAAAUGCUAAUGAAGGCAACUUCAAAAUAUAAAGCAGAGAUUCAUAAGAUAAUCACUUUGCUUAUAUCUUAACUUUGAAGACAAUUUCAGUACGAAACAAUAAUGAAAACAUAACUGUACUGACCCUUAAGGUUUAAGUUUUUACAGUUUCUUUUCAAUGGUAUUUCUAGAUUUGUUAGAUUAGUCUCAAGCUAUAUUUAAUUGAACCAAUCAACUGUAAAGUGAGUAAAUAAACAAUGAUAUGGAGGUUGGUUUGAGUUUUAUUCCACCACUUCCCUCCAGGCCACACAGAUGACUUUGAAAUGUAAAAACAAGUUCAGAAGAGGAUUUAUCUGAAUGAGCUUGGUAAUUCUUUAGUUACCCAAUCUGACUGCUCUUACAGUAGAUGGAUGUUACUGUCGUCAUGUGAAUCCAGUGAGUAAAAACCACAGUCUGUGGAACAUGGACCAGAAAAAGUACAGUACAUUCUGACCAUGUUGCUUCAUGCAACCAAAGAAACUUACUGAUAAAUAAGACACCAUUCAGGUUUAUCAGGUCAGGGGUUAGAUCGGCUCCUCAGCAUGAAAACCUCAAUCUGCAGUCACAGUCUGAAGACAUGAGAACACUUUCUUGAAAUAGCUAGAUCAUUGAUUUUUAAUCUCUUAUUUACUCUAUUUAUACUGAUACACAAAUAAAAACACUAAAGACUUAAAAAAAAGGUUAUUUAUUAAUAUAUGAUUUAUUAAAUUACAUCUAAAUUUUGUCUCUCUCCUCUUCUCCUCUCCUUUCCUCUCACUGUCUGAGGCUGUGUGAUGAUGUUAUCUGUCAUUUGCAUUAAGAAAAGCAGGUUUUGGAGAGGUGGUAGAGGACUACCAAUUUGUUAUAGAAGUUAGAGGGAGGAUUUGAAGUUCACCUACAUGAUAAAAAGAGAGAUAAAAAUAAUCAACAUUAUUUUUUAAACUUUCAUAUCUGUAAAAAAACACUGCAUGUUUCUGGUGAAUUUUCCUUUUUUUUCCACAUCAUAAAUAGAAACACAAUGUGUCUCCUUCCAUACCCUUCAGCCUUGGUCCACACUUCAUGCUAUCCACCGCUAUGUCUGAGUAUAGCCUCAAACGCUGCUAUCUGCUGACUGAGGUGAAACCACAUGCUCAUUUUCAGACAGACACAUCAGAGCAUCAGCUGAAACCACAACACUGUGUCUCUGCAAUGGAAAGAUGUGCUGGUCUCAGCUCCAACAAAUCAAAGUAGUUUAUUCAGGCCCAGUGGCAAACAGGGUGUGUGUGUGUGUGUGUGUGUGUGUUUGUGAUGUAUCCUUGUUUGAAUCCUUCAUUGUUUCUGUAAUAACACGCUCUUCAGGCCGGUCAGGAGAUGAAUAUAGAAAAAGCUCAAAGUGUUAACUUGAACGUCUGAAUGUGCAUGAAGUUGUGUAAAAUCUAAACAGAUGUGUGUGUGUGUGUGUGUGUGUGUGUGUGUGUGUGUGUGUGUGUGUGUGUGUGUGUGUGUGUGUGUGUGUGUGUGUGUGUGUGUGUAGUGUCUGUCUGAGCCAAGUGAGAGACUUGGCUGGAUGCCAGAAAUCCUUGUACCGUACAAGGAAGGGAAUCUUCUCUGUCCUGCUUGAGAGAACGCUCUCUCUCUCUCUCUUUCUCUCUCUCUUUCUCUUUCUCUCUCUCUCUCUUUCAUCUUUUUUUUUGUUUUAUUUUUAUUUUCCACACACACACCCUUACCAAGCAACAGAGUUUAUCAUGAAUUCAUCCCUCCAUUAAGAUGUAUCACUGGGGGUCAAAACGCAAAUGUGCGGUCAGAAUUUGUAACUGAACUUUGAGUCGUGUUGUUUUUCUUCUUGAGUAUUCAUUGUGUUUAUAUGUUGUGUGUCCUUUAUGAAGCCCCGCAGUGUGAGUGGAGUGGAGAUGAGAAAAAGGCAGGCGGCACACAUCGAGGCCCCACCUCAGGCCCCUGGACAGCCCCGGCCCAACACCUGCUGCCUCUGCUGGUGUGGCUGCUGCAAGUGUCUGUGGUAAGAAAACACUGAACUGUACCCUUCAAUAGUGCACGAUGAUACGAUUAUCAAGUUUGAUGAACUAUCUAUAAAGAGUGAAAACCUCGAGUAUAUGUGAGGGAUAAUUUAUUGUAAGGAGAUUGUUGUGGCGAAUCCGAACCAGAAGGGGUUCAGUCUCACUCUGGAGGGGUUCCUGAUCUAUAAUGUGAGCUGAACAUUUCCACUGAGAAUGAAGUGAAACAAGUUCAACAAGAACACUUAAACCACCUAUUUACGUUUUCCCGCCUUGUUAUCAUUAAUCUCUGACAUUUUUUCAAUGAUUAUUCCAGUGACACAAUGUAAGCACUUCUGUUACAUACACUUUUUUUAGACGCUCCUAUUCUUUCCUGCCUUUGCUCAACUGAUUUUUGUCUAAGUAAUUUUUUCUCAACAAAAAAUCAGAGAUCAGUUUUCAGUUUCAUAAUCAUGUAAAAGUGAUUGUUUGUAGCUGUAGCCAUCCAGUAUCUGUAAGGAUUUCAGCCUCUCCUGGGAAUAGAGAAUUGGUGUCCCGCAAGAUGCGAAUGAAUUGCUGUCCACUUAAGUCUGGGACGCUCUUUCUCAUCAUUUAUCCACUCACCUGCAUCUAACGCGUAUGGGUCAUUAAGACGUAUCCCAUUCACUAAUAUUAAUUUAGCAGCGUAACUUAUUUUAUCGCCAGGGGAUAAACUAAUGUAGUACACUGACAACAUCACUAGCUCACAUCGCAACUGCAAGAUAACUGAGGAUAACCGUGACAACUGCAGUUUCGUUGUGCGCAUCUGCUGUGUUGAUCAAUGAUUAAUCCCUGGAUUGUUUUUCUCCAGUCUCGUCUGACUUGCUAGAAGUGAUGGAACAGUGAAGGAGUUAUGGGAAUUGGUGUGCGGUGUGUAGUCUUUAACCAGGCAAAUAACAAAAUCAUCAACUACAACUACCAUAUCACAUUUGAAUAAGUAAGGCAGACGCAUAGACACACACAAACAUAUACAGCGGCUUCCUGGCUCCUAUGACACUAUACUGUCAUGUACUGUACCAUCCUGCACUAUACUGUCCCAUAAUAUACUAUACCAUACUAAACUGGACUAUACUUUACCAUAAUGUACUAAACUGUAUUGUGCUUAAUGGUAUGCUGCAGUACCAUGGGAUACAGUUUGUACGGUAUGAAGUAGUACAAUAUACUAUCGUGCGGUGUGAUUCAAUAAAUACAGAGAAAGAAAAAAAUAUAUAUAAAUUUUAAAAAAUUGUAAUCUUGCCAAGUAUAUCAUGUGACUUGUGAUAUCUGACAUGGAUAAAAACAAUUAACACUGGCUUCAAGUUGGCAAAUACAGUGGUAAAUAAGCCCUCUUAAGACAGCAUAGCAUGUAUUUACCCAUCCUAUCUGCACUGUCCUAUCUUCGUCUCUAAAGUUGUUUCCUUCAGUCAUCAUUGUCAGGUACUUGUGGUAUCUGCAAACUUGCUUUAGUCUCUACAAUGACUCCUUCACAUAUCUGAACAUAAACUAAACUGGCAUGAAAGCAUGUUUGCUUUUACAUUCAAUAGGAAUAUUAUAAGAGCCUAGUUCCUUUAGCGGACUGUGUUCUUGACUUGUUGAGCUGGACUUGGACAAGAAAAGUCUGAACCAGUGCAAAGCCAGUGAACAAGGAAACAUCGAGUUACAGUAAUUAUCAGUUGAAUUAGAAGUAGUUGAUAUGUUUUUCAUCCAUUCAUUAAGUUUAGGUAUGCAGUUUAUACAUAAUAGUUCUGAGUUCUUGUGUGGCCAUUUGUGACAUUGUAUAACUCACAAGAUCAUUUGAUAACUAAGGACAAUAUUGGAGCCUUUAUUCAUUGAUUCAAAAAGGACUAGCUUGAAUUUCAGGCUUAGUAAAUGGCUGUUUACUUAGCUAUUACAGCUUGAAGCUUUCACAGCCAACAGUACAAUGAUCCAGUGUCCCACUACUUUCAGAUUUACUGUAGGUGGCAAUCAUGCGCAGAAACUUCAUGCACUCUGUUGCCCCUGAGCAAGGCACCAACCCAGUAACUGCUGUGUGUCUUCAGGAACUGCCUCUCUGUGGCUGCGCUCUCCCUGCAGGGGGAGAGGGGUGAAUGAAACAUUGUUUUCAGGCAGUGAAUGGUGAAUGUGCGGCUUCUUUCACACCACUUCAUCUGAAGUGGUGGCAGCUUGAGGACCGGGCCUGCAGUGAGUGAGCUCUGUGACUCCACUGUGUGUUUUCCGGCCAAAUGCCGGUGUCAGAUAGCUAGAGUGAGCUUGUGUAAUCGUCUUGGCUGCCCUUUAUUUAAUCGUUAGGGUUUGGGUUAGUAGUUUGUCUUUUUAGUUCAGGUUUAUAACAGAAAAUUAGGGUUAGGGUUACACAGGUAAAAGUUUUUGAAUUAAGGUUGAGUGUAAAAACUAUCCAGUAUCUCUUGUCAAACUGUUAAUGUUAGUUUUUUUUUUAUCCAUGCUGUCUUCUCCUUUUUUUCUCAACUUUUCAAACCCCUCCCCUCCCCCCGAGCCCUCCUCACUCACCCUCAAACAGGGCCUUUAUCUAGUCGGGUCCCAUCUAUUUCCAUCCACACAUCACAUGCAAAACAGCUGUGAAGUUUAGCUUGUAUAUUUAGCUGUAUUGUGAGGAUUCCAGCCGGCUGCAGCUAGCUUAGCCCAUUACUGCCGCACAAUGGGGACUUUGACAAGAGACAGCAAGAGGAAGAAGAGAUCCUCCAUGCUAAGACAAAAAUAGAUCAGUGUGUGUUUGCAUUAUGGCCUCAGCAAGUGUGACUGUGCUAGGAUAGACAAGAGAGUUUUCAUGUGCCUUUCAAGUGUUGGAAUAAAGAUUUGAACUGAAGCUCUGUUGUUUCAUUGACUUCAAUCAUGCGUAUUCUGAUGAGGAUUUUAAUGGGUCAAAGUUCACUGGUACAGAGAUGCUGUGGCAUAUGAGACUGAUUAUAAAACUCUUUAUUUUCGGUUGUUACUCCUCAUUACUAGACCACACGGAGGGCCUGAAAUGAACUUUUUGACUCACCAGCUGAAGUGGGGUAUAGAUAGAAAAUCCACCAGCAAAGAGUGUUCUUUUUUUUGUACUUUUUUUGUGUUGUAUACACAACCAUCUCAGCACAUUUAAUCAAGAUCAACUGGGGCUUUGCGAUAUGGCCUCAAAUCAAUAUCACGAUAUAUGGAGCAGUUCACCUCGAUAACGAUAAAUUGACGAUAACUACUCCACAAGCUGCUCACCCCCUCCCACGUUAACUUCAUCUACUUCAAUCGCUGCUACAACUUUUGAACCGUCCUCCAUCUCCUCGCCUGUCUGUCCAUCUUUGUUACAGACUGGAUGGGGUGGAGUCACAUCUCAGAUGUAGGAAAGCGAUAUGAGACUAUAGCUUACCUACACACAUCCAAAACCAACUUUUAUUUAUUUCUUUUUUUGACACCAGAUAUUGUCAGUGAUUGUCGUAAAUUUCGGUAUCUGUGAAUUUUCGCUUUAUCGCCCAGCCCUAAGAUCAGUUCCUGCAAAACCCUGGUAUGCAGACAGCAGAGGAGCAGGAGAAAGAAACUGGUGCUCAAUCAAAACAUGGCAAAAAUAAAAAACCUCCAAAUAGUUUUUUUUUUUAUUUUCAGAACAGCCUUUUACCUUCCACGUGGCAGAUAUACACUGUGAAUGGAAAAUGUAGCAGCAUUUGGCACUUUGCAUGGGUUAACCGCACCCUGACUGAACCUGGCAGGCUGCGUGUGGUUAUAACACUUAACCACAUAGGUACGCUUUGUCUUUUAAAAAGCUGGGAGAUGUACAUGUUUCAAAAGAAUGAACAGGCAGUAGUACAGUCGAUAUUUAGCAUAUAAUGUGUAGAAUUAAAUUAUGCGGGUUUUGUUUAAAUAUUUAAAAUAUUUAAGAAAUUCAAUCCAAAUUAGUUGUCGUACCUAUAAUAAUCCUUAAUUAACACCAAGAUGCUUGGAUCACAUUAUUACAAGCAUGCAAAUGUGAAUGAACAGUUAACCAUCUACACUCCUGGUACAGAUACUUUCUUUCCUGGCCGGUAUUUAACAGUACUGUUUGACCCAGUUUAAAUAGUGACAACAAAUAGCACCAAGAAUUUCACAUGAUGAAGGAUAAAGUCCUUUUCGAGUACAGAAGGUCCACAAAGCUGCUCUGCACAGUUUGCUCCAGUUUUACAUCUAACUGUGAAGAUGAGCUGUCAGCAUCUUUACUCUGAAGUGCUGACCGCUCUCAUCCUUAUAGAGCUCCAUUCACAUAAAGAUGACGAGAUUAAUGUCCAGAGGACUUUUCUCACCAGUUUAUUUUGAGACAGAUUCAUAAAAAGAUGUGACACAAAUUUCACAGUUUAAAUCCAGCUUACUUCCUGGAGCGUACAAGUGAAGAGCAGCUCAUUUAUUAAUGAACCCUACUGUUGUGCCUGACUGUAGAGCCCCUUUGUGCCAGGGUUGGACCUCAGAAAGUUCCAGAUGAAUUGACUCUUGGUUAUGAUAUCAAAGUAAAUAUUAUUAACCUACUUAAUGUACAAGCGUAAUAUUUUUAGGUCAACUGGAGGUGGAAUAAUUGACAUGAUCACUGGACAGUUUAAAUGUGUCAUCUCUUCAGAAAACUGCAGCAUAGUCACCCAAAACUCUUAGCAGUCAAAAUUUCACUGUCAGUGUGUGUAGCUGCUAGCACCUGUGUUUGGGAAUCAGACUUAUAUUGCAAUGAUGCUCUUUUAUGUAGAAAGAGCACAUUUGCCCAUCAAGUUAGUCACCCCCUUGAGAGGUGAAUGCUUUCAACUGCUUGCUUCUCUAGUUAUACCAACUUGAGUAACGACCCCACGAUAGCAAUACACAGCGGUUUAUGGAUCCACAUGCACACCUCAUCAAAAAAGCCCCUCUAUAGCCACAAAUAAUGCUCAGAACAGCACCUAACUUCAUCAACAGUACAUAUAGGGUCCUAGCCAUAGCACCAGCCACCAAACAUCUUUUUAAUUUAGCUUUGAGUUGCAUCACCCCGCUGCAGUCUGUAAUGGACUAGCCCGAGGUCUCGCUACACACAAGCGGCUGCUGGAAGAGAGUAGGUGAGUUGUGUUUAGUCUCUUUGCUAAAGAAAUUAGUCAAAGUUUAAAAGAUGUUUGGUGGCCUAUGCUGUGGCUGGGACCCUAUAUGUACUGUUGAUGAAGUUAGGUGCUGUUCUAAGCAUUAUUUGUGGCUAUAGAGUGGCGUUUUGGUUGAGGUUUGUGUGUGGCUCAUCAGACCGCUGUGUAUUGCUAUUGUGCGGCCAUCACUUAAGUUGGUAUAACUAGAGAAGAAAGCAGUCGGCAACAUUCAUCUCUCGAGGGUUGUCUAACUCGGUGUUAUGGUGUGUUUGGCCCUUAAUUAAUUUUACGCCGGAAUAUCCCUUUAAUCUCAGCUUUUUUCCCUAAAACUUAAAGUCUGAAUGAUUCUGAGUUCCAUUAAAUUAUAUUGUUAUAAAUUACUGUGGAGUCAAUUAAAUAGUAAAAAGAAAAUGGCUUCAGCCAACAACUGACAUUUAGUGAAAAUUAAUGAACAUGUCUUACAGCUACAGCAUGAGACCCUUUUAGGUUAAUGGAAGAGUUGAGCGUCUCUGAACUGGAAACAAAAGGAACAAGCAGUGAAGUCUUUGUUGUAUGAAAGCUAACCUGAUUCAAAUGACGAAGUCUCCGACACGGUCAGACCUAAUACUGAUGUGUUUAUGAGUUCAGGACUUGCUUAAAGAGACAGAACUAAUCUGUUUGAAUAUAAUAACAGUGCUUCAUCUUGUAGUUUAAAAGGUUUCCAUGUAAAAUUUUAACUUCCAAUUUUAAAUGAAUUUGAAAUUUUUUAGUUGAAAAUGUAAGAAUUGAGUCCAGUUUUUGUUUUUUGGCAAGCUUUGUAGUGAUAAUAUGUUACUCUAUCCAGGAAUGAAGACAGGCUUGAGAGAAGUGAAAGACAGACCUGUACCAAGAUGGACAGCAUUGAAGCUACAGAAGAGCAGUAAGUUCAGCCAUCAUCCUUUCACUCUUCCAUGUUUGUUUUGGCAUCAUUGAGUGUUGGGAGUUUCAGUCAAUCAUACCUCCAUUUAUUUCAUGCUCUAUUGCAGACGCCCCAGUCUUGAGGAGGUGCUGUCAUGGGCACGGAGUUUCGAGAUGAUGCUGCGCUCGUUGGAGGGCCGGGAGGUUUUCCAGGAGUUCCUGCGCUCAGAGUACAGCGAGGACAACCUGCUUUUCUGGUUGGCCUGUGAGGAGCUGAAAAAGGAGACGGAUCCCACAGUGGUGGAGGAGAAGGCGAGGAUCAUUUAUGAAGACUACGUGUCCAUAUUAUCACCAAAAGAGGUACCAGAUGUUCAUUCCACCAGAAACAACAAAUACAGUUAUGCUUUUGUUUUCCAUUUUUAUGGAUCGAUCGACUUUUUUCCUUCAUUUAGGUGAGCCUCGACUCGAGGGUCAGAGAAGGAAUAAACCGGACCUUGACCGAGCCCAGCAACCUGAUGUACGAAGAGGCCCAGUUUCAAAUUUACACCCUGAUGCACCGUGACUCCUUCCCCCGUUUCCUCAACUCCUCUGUUUACAGAGACCUCCUGGCCAACAGGAGGCGCACCUGCCUCGACACCUAAACCCAUCAAACCUUCAUCAUCGCCAUUGUACGCCAACGAGACUACUACUUAAACUUCAAAUACUACUAUGGUGCCAGAAGUCGGGUUUGGAAAUCUCUCCCUGUUUCUUGAUUGAAAAGACUGAAUGACAUCCACGAUAGCUGGUUGGUUUUUUGUUUUUUAUUUAUAUAUAUUUUUAAGCAAUUUAUAUCCAGUGCUCCACUGGAGCCAGGUCGGCCUUUGCUGGUCGAUUAUUGGUCAGUUUGAGACCAUUAAUGCUGGCCAGUGAUUGUUUUGCUAGCAUUUUGUGCUGUCUGUUAUGGUUGACCGGCCGACUCACUUGUGGGCUGUUAAAGUGGCCAACCUGAUGGCCAGCUGUUAGUUAACUGUGGACACGGACUCCUCAGACGCUGGGGACAAAAGAGAAAGAGAGAGAGAGAGAGAGAGAGGGAGAUGAAAAGGACAGCCAACUGUUCCUGUACUGUAACAUUUAAACCUCAUGUUUUCUACCUUCUCUUCAUCAUUCUCUCUCUCUUUGCUCUUUCUUUCACAUAGUUUUUUCCAAUUUGGUCUCAUUUCUCAGAUGUGUCUAUCUUUUCGUUGUUUGAUUUCUUUCCUGUCCAAACACGACACCUAGUUGUUGGUGGGAGUUGGGGCAUCUUCGCCCUGUUAAACCAGUAGAAGCACUGGCUCUGCAUGAAACUCUCUCUCUCUAAAGUAGCUUGACAAUGUAAGCCGCGGACUGCAAACGAUUUUUGAUUUUUGAGAUGUAUUAUGACAGGUGACCUGUCUGUCUGGCUGUGUUCAGUGAAGGGAAAAAGUACACUUCUGCCAAUUUAAAGCUUACUGCAGUUUUUUCUUUAAUUGAAGAGAUCUGGAGGCUCCUGCAGCAAAGGCAGCAGCAGCACCUACACACGUCCAUCCAGUUGUUCAUUCAUUUGUCCGUCCAUCACAGCACUUUCCUUCUUUAGGAUUCUUUAACUGGGAGAAGUAAGGGCUAGAAUUGUGGUUGGGCAGCUACAUGUAAUACUCAUGAACUUUAAACAAAAAAACUAUCUCUCCACUGAGAAAAAUCAAAAUGCCUUUACAUGUAAGAAAAGGCAGCACAAGGGCUGCUAAAGUUUUUUCUGGAGAGCAACCACAGUUUGUCCAAUGAUCCCUACCUCCCAUCUUUUUUUCCCCUCCCUCCAACUCUGACCAUCACAGCCUGACAAGCACAGGUGCCCAGUGUCAGGGGGAAAACACAGCUGGACAAAGUCAAAACAAACUUUGACUCCUAAAAGUCAUUUACAUAUUGGGAUUGUGAGGCAAAUAAAGAGGGUUUUCCUUCUACUGAAACUGAAUUGACCAUCAGUGGGAGGCUGGUUCUGCUUGGGGAGAAUGAGCAGAUACAGCAGACACCCAUGUAAUGAAAUGGGCCUUUGAGCCCUGGCCUUUGUCUGUAAGGCUUAAGCUUUAGAUGCUGUAGGUAACUAGACAGUCACUUGACUGGGAUGUCCAAUAUCAGGCUGCAGAUGUGUGACCCGGGUGCCAAACAUGAUGUCAAAGAUGCUGUGAAGAGAUACUAGAUGUGACUUGUCACCAAGCUGUAGAGUCUCAGCCAUGUCAGUGUGUGUCUGUGUCUCCAGCAGGUGAAGCUGGGAGAGUAUAAGGUAGUUGUACAGUUAUCGACUGCCCACUUAAGACACCCUUUUUUUUUUUAAUCCAGCGCUAGUGAGGAGGGUUGGUGAAGUAAUGCUAACAUGCUACUGCACCAAGCUAGCUAAAAAGUGUGUGUAGCCAUGCUACAUGCUAGGCUAACUAGGUUUAAGCAUGCCGUAGGCAAGAUGUUAGCAUGAUUGUGCUAGCCAUGCUAAUCCUCCAUUCUCCCACUGCCAGCCCUCUCACACUCUUGUUUUUUUUUUUUCUAAUCUGACUUUGACAGCAUGCAAUGAUAAAUGUGUGUGUGUAUGUGUGUGUGUCUGUGUGUGUGUGUAUGGUACAGUUACACACCUAACAGAAAAAAUUUAGAAAACAAAAAACUUUAUGGGUUUUUUGCCAAAUGACCCAUCUAACAUUUUUAGUAUUCAAACAAGACAUUUUUUUAUUAAUGAUGUGAACAUGAACUUUGUUCCCGGCCUGUGGAUGUGCAGUAGAAAGUGCAUGAGUGCAGUAUAUGCUAUUUUUGAUUUUCUAUUAACCAGGCCUCCAAUUAUAUCAAUGAUAUCACAUGUUUGUCAGCAGACCUCUCGGUUUGGUGGUUAGUUUGUUCUUUUAGUGUCAAUGAAAGAGUGCCACUCCUCACUGAUAAAUGUAGGCAUACCUUUUGCCACAGAUUUUAACUACCUGAAGUUCAUGUGCCAAGUUUGGUUUAGACUAAAUUGUAGAGCGCAGAAUGUCUCACAGACUAGUGUAAUUGGAUGUAGGUCGUGAUUAUAGAUUGGAGUCUAUUUGAAGUUCUGUCCCAGCAUGUUAGAUUGGUUUUGAACUGGUAAACAUGAGACCUGUGAGAAAACUCCUGAAGUUUGAAUGCCUCUGUUUGAUGAGACAAGAAAAUGGCUACCUCUCAUGAAUAAAUUUUACAAAAGAAACUUCAUAAAAAAGAUGAUUUAGUUGCUGUUUUAAAACAACAAAUAGAAACGUAUAUCGAUAUAACGACAUACCUCUGCCAUGGAGUCAGUGGAGACCUUUGAGUUUUCCUUCAGACUUAUUAUCACUCUGUUUCACGACUCGAUGAAGCUGCCAGUUCAGAACCAAACUAUCAUAUUACUUGUUCUGGUUAAAUUAAUGAAAUAUAAACUGCAAAAUUCCAACAAGUACAUCUAAAACAAUAAUCAUCCAACAGCUAAUGUACAAUAUUUAACCGUAGCAUACAGUACUCUCAUGCAGAAUGCAUUACUGUCCAUAUGGACUUGAUUGAUAUUGCUAACUGUAAUGAUGAGCUGUGCAUGCAUGCGCUCAGUUUUUCAGAGGCAGACAAAUAAAGAGCUGUAGAGCGCUCUUAACAACGAUGGAGCUAUUUUCCAGAAAAUAUAAGCAAACUUUGUAUUUUGACAGUUCUGUAACAUUUCAGACUCAGUGGGAGAUUGGCUGCCAUUCAUGAAGCUCUCCAGCAGACAAACCUCUCCUCUGUUUCCUGGUUGCUGAGUCUACAGGAUAUUAAAAAAAAAAAAACACGAGAAUGUUUCACCAAGAACCAGAUAAUGAAAUCAUGGUGCAAUUAAACCGAGUUUACAUUUAUAAAUUGUGAUAUAUUUGUGUACCUUGUUAAAUACUCAUAACAUUGGGGGAGCUGAUCGUCUCCGUUGAGAACAGAGAAGCCAGCGGGUGGCUGGGCAUGAGAGUCUGCCCUGUGCUAGCUCUGUUAGCAUGUUACAGGGUUUACAGGGAGGACAGACACAGCAGAAACCCAGGUAACAGUGUUUUAUGGGAAGGACAGACACAGCAGAGUCCACAGUUCUGUGCCGUCAUCCUCUCCUGUUAAUUUAUUGUGACUUUUACACAGUGGGGAAGAGUACACUGUUUUUUUAAUAGCUGCAUUUCAAAUGUGGAUUUUACAAGCAAUGAUGAUGAUGAUGAUGUGAAGUGAUGUGGUGUCAUCGCUGAGUUUAGAACUUUGUCUUUGAAAUUUCCAGGGGUACCAAGCGAGGGGAGGGGGUUUGAAAACACGGCUGUGGUUUUAUUUUACAGAAGAAGAAAAAAAGAAGCAAACAAUGAAAGCUGAAGUGUCCUGUUAGGUUUGAGGGGGUUCGAGAAGCUUUGGCCUUACUGACACAUUUUAUUAUUUUUUUCUUUGUAUAAAAAAAAAAAAAACAACAACAACAAACGUCUCUGUAGGCUUUUCACUACCUCUCAUGUUGGUUAAUUUAUUUCACAUCUAGUUGUCAAUGUACAAGUUGUGUUUUUAGAUCUACUUGAAGCCUAACACUGUAAACAAAAAAUGUGCACAGAAAAGUGACUAUGUGUAUGACAAGAGGGGUUAAAGAGAGCUUGGCCUAGUCUACAUUAUUGUUUGUUUUUGUUUGUAUGUAUGUUUGUUUUUUAAUUAUGUUGAGCUGAACUAGAUUUUGCAUCUCUGUAAAGAAUUCAGGAAUCCACUGUCUAAGGGCUAAUCCCAUUUUUGCCUAUGCAAAUCUGUUACUGUGGGUGAGUUGGUGAGGGGCGAACUUUCGCACCUUUCACCUGUUUUAGAUGGACCAUGGUUUACAUUGCCCUUUGCUGAUAUUCUUCAAUCUUAUUCAGCAAAAAUGUACGCUUAUUUUUGUUUCUAUAUAAAUAUUAUAUAUAUACAUACAAAUAUAUAUAUCUAUAUAUCAAGUAAUAUACAGAGAAAAUAGUAUAUGCCUUCGUGAUUAUAAAAAAGAAACCUUGCUGAAAACAAAUAAAUGUGUUGUUGUCUGACAUGUGGCUGUGUGCUGGAGUCUUGGUAAGAUAAUAUAGAUGACUAAUAUCUCAGGCUACAACCCAAGUAGCUGACCCUGUGCAGUAGUUUGUAACAGAGGGAAAACUUGAUUUAUUUAAGGCUCAAACACAUCAUGGCUGUCUGUGACGAAUAUGCUUUUAUCCAGCCCUGGCCCUGGAUUUGUCUGUCAUUUUUGUGUGAAGUUUCAUCAGUUUUAAACAAGACUUUGUGACUUUAGCAAAGCAAAGGCUAUCGCUGCCACCGGUGAGAGUAUAUGGAUAAAUAAUAUGUGUGUAAGAUAGCACAAGAGUCGUCAUAAACAAGGGCAAACAGACUCAGUGUAGGACAGCUUUAUUUCCUAAUUCAAAAUCACAUAGUUUGACUUUGAAGGGCUGAGUCGGAGCAAACCCAAAAAUAAGCUUGGGUCAUUAAUGGUAUCUGCCUUUGAGAUGUGCACUGUCCAUUCGCAAAACAUAUUUUGUAACCAGUGUGUCAUUAAUAUGAUAUAUAUUAAAAAAAAAAAUCCAUUAGCCAUGAAAUAAUAAAUAUUUUAUCAGGAUUAUAUUGUCGUUGUUUGUCAGUGAGCACUGCAAAGCUGUUGUGAGUUUAUAUUACAAAAGUGUAACACCAUGUCAUCAGCAUACAACAGCAACUUAUUUUUAUAUUCUUCUUGAUCUUUUUGUAGCCACAUCCAAUCAGACUAUCACUGUGUUCAAAUGGUAGCGUUGAUACAGAAAUCAUCAGAAAAAGUGGAUUUUCUUUUUCUUAUUACUCAGUUACAAGACCAGUUAAGUCGAACUGAAGUUUGACUUAGGUCUGAUACUUUAUUUUUUAAGUCUUUUUUUUGUACAAGAGUUUAAGCUCCUGAAGAGAAGCAGGUGUGAGAACGGGAGCAUUGACAAUGUUAUUAUGGCGAAAGACAGAUAGGUUUAUCGACUGACGUUGGUUUGAAACCUGCUUUGUCUGUGGAUUUGGUGCCUCUUUAUGCUUCAGAAGAGACCUCAAGAUAACCUUCUGUCCUUUGUCUGUCUCACUUCUCUCUUGGACUCUCACUUCUCUCUGUAAAUCUCACACACAACCAUGCUGUCAAACCCAGUACAAGCAGAGAGCAGAAAUCACACCGAUGUUUGUUUCCCCCCCUGCAGACACACUGUCACACAGUUUUUCUUAUGAACCUCUCUGAGAGGUGUUUGUGCGACUUUAGGAAAGAGAUUAGGUUUGUGCAGAAACUGGAUAAAGUCGGAUUUGAACAGAUUUAGGCAAUCACUUUUCUCUUUAUUGAUUUAGAUGCCUAAGCCUCAUGGUUUUUGUCAUGCCUUUGUAGAUAGAUCGCUGUCAUCGAAAUAUGACCUGCGGGUGAAAAUAUAAAGAAUUUUAGUCACUUUAGAGGAUUAAAAAAAAGUGACAUUUUUUCUAUCCAGCAUGCUUUUGCUAAAUAAAUGAAAUAAUUCAGUUAUUUGCUAUAAACGAUACUGUAUGAGUAUGUAUUCAAGUACUGCAGUAUGCAGACAACUAAAAAUAUCAGAAACUCUUUUGAGAGAUUCAUAUUUUUCUUCUAGUAUGUUUCACUAAUAUCCACAGUUAUGGGUUCUUAAUUCUUGUUUUGAGUGUCUUAUGAAUUGCAAGAAUGACUUAAUGACCCUCUUUGUAUUAACAGAUAUAGUCUAUGGGUGGUUCUUUCAACAUGCAUGACUCGCUUAAUUUAACCAAGACAGUAACAGUUAUUUAUUGAGAGUUUGGUCGGUUAGGUGGAACUUUUACUUUGUUUGACUGGUUGCUUGAUAACUUUUACAAAGCACUGAGAUCCUGAUACCAAGGCAAGUGAUGUUUUAUCAUUGUGGUCACUGAUAGUCAACAAGGCUGUGAGAGUCAAAUUUAUUUCUUUGACAGACUAUAAUCCCUCCCUGUAUAGACUGUGAGGGCUGUAGUUAUCAGACUCAGAGGACCAAGAAGAAAAAAUGAAGCUGAGCAUCAAACAGCAGCCAAAGGUAGUGAGUUCAUGAGUUUAGCAGACUUUGCAACUUCCCUGAAUAUGUCAGAGGACCGUGUGGCUUACUCUCAGGGUCCGGCUGAACAAGCGUCAGACUGCUCUUCAUUAUGACUUUUAUCAAAGGAAACUGAUCAUCAAUCUUUGGUGUCCAGCUGCAACCCAAAAGCCCUGAGAUGCAGGAAUCCUUUGAGUGUAGCAUUGAAAAGAAAAUACUUGGAUGUCAGAAGACUCAUCCUGUUGCAGAGAAAGAAUCUGAAGCUGGUAUACAUUUAACAGAACUGAUCAUCGGGGACUUUUUACAGAGCAAGAAACGUUUAAUAACGUUAGCAUUUACAAAUCUCUGCAUGAUAGUGCAAUACAGAUGUGACUGUAGUUUUAUCCAUGGACAGUAGAAUAAAUAUUCAUAAUUAAACCCCAGUCUGGUUUUCAAAUGAAGAUUUGCUUCUCAAAUAUUGAACGUCAUUAAGUCCGUAAAAGGCUGGUCGAAACAGUAGCUAGUGGUGGGGAGCCGUCAAAAAAAACAAAAAAAAACUGUACCACAUUUUUGGUGGUAUAAUUACCUUUUCACCAUCUUGCCUAGUUUAGUUGAAUAGAUUGAUAUCACUCUUAAAGUUGUGCAUUACCUCUGAAGCUGCAGCUGGCAAACUGUGUUUUUCGCUAGGAAUAGCAAGCUAAAGCUAACAGGUCAAACUUGCUAGCCCGGUAGACGACUGCCCGGAUCAAGAACUUGCUUAGUUCAGUCGAUUUAAUUUGAUAAAAAGUGAAUUUAUUUAUAAACUUACAACUCAUUUUACAAUGACCAGAUAUUUUACGCUUUAAAAGAAAAAAGCCUGAUUGAAGAUGCUAAAGAACUUGUCUUGCUGAACUGAGCUAACCGAGUGCUAGCUAAAGCUUCAUAUUUACCGUGUAGACACGAGAAUGGUAUGACUCUUCUCAGCUUCUUUAUGCAAGGUAUCUAUUGUGUCCCCCGGUUGUCAAACUAUCCACUAUAAAGCCUAAAAAAUCAUUCUGCGACGUGAACGUUUAAAAAAGUUUUUUUUUCCUAACGGCCGAGGAGAAUGUCACAGUGAGGAAAAUACGAUAAUACUUUAUUUGUGGAGAUUUCAAACUAACUUUUGUUCUCUGUAACAGGUUCAUAGGAAUCAUUGUAACUGUUUUUUGCAAAAACACACUCUCUCGCUGUCACAGGUUUCUGUCAUCUCUCUGACUCAUCUUUGUAAAAUGAACUCCAUUAACAUGUAAACCACACACCUGAAUGACUCUUAACCUGAUGUGGACUACAAGCGACCACAGCAGCUCCGACUGAAACUGUAAUCAUGUCAUGAAAAACAAAAAGCUGUUCAUGAUUUUCAGAUAUUUUGUACUGUUUUAAAUUAUUUUAACAUGUUUUAUUUAUGUUUCUUUUUUUUAAGCUCCUCAAAAAAUGUUUCCCAGACUGCCUUUGGCUUCAAUAGCGUCACCAUCACAUCGACAUUGUGUUCAGCUGUGGUACUUUUUAAACCACGGCUCAGUCUCUGUCUUUGUUUACACGAUGACAUCUUGCAGAAAGAGAAAACUCCAAUCUAUGGUUACUGCCCUUGAAUAUCUGUAAUUUAAAUAGUGCUGCUAGAGAAAGAAAUCUAAAUGUAACAACUUACAAUAAAUACUUAAUAGAUUUUUUCCAAACGU